AUGGCCGACAUGCAGCAAAACUUUGCCCAGAUGAACGUCAACAAGAACAAUGGAGAGCUGCCCCCACAGAUCGUGGUACCUAACAAUAAGGCACAGGUGAACGCAGUUAACCUAAGGAGUGGCAAAACUUUGCCUGAAGUAGUGCAUAUGCCUGAAGAAGAGUCUGAGCCCACAGACGUUGAAGAAAAGGUGGAUGAGGAGAUAGAGAUGGUGAAACCACCUGCCUCAGAACUAAAGAAGAAGGAUGAUAUGCCCAAAGCCGAAGAGAAAUCAAAGCAUUACGCACUAUGCCCAAAAUGCGCCAAGUUUCUUAAGGAGAUUCGUACCAAGAAGGUUAUGUACACGGAUGAUGCGAAGUUCCAUGUGGGAGAGCAGGUGUCGGCUGUACUCAAGAGGGAUAUGUCCACAAAGUGCGAAGAUCCGAGGAUGUUCUGCAUACCAUGCAUCAUUGGAGACACAAGGAUCGAGCAAGCUAUGCAGGACCUAGGCGCAUCAAUCAAUGUUAUGCCUUUGACCAUAUACCAGGAGCUGAAGAUAUGA